GGGCCCAGUUGCCGGAAUGACAUGGCUUGCCAACUUGGUUGACCUCUAGUAAAGUGUGCGAUCUCUUUGCUAGCGGCUGGCGCACCUAGACAAUCUUCAAUCAUCUUGUCGCUCGCUGCAUUUGCACCUGUUCCGCAGCUAAAAAAAACAAAACAAAACAAAAGAAAAUCCCUCCGAGUCGACGCUGACAGUUGAUGCCAGUUGCGCUUUCGUUUAUAUCAUUUGAUUUUUAUAUUCUUUGUAUUUUUCUACGUUCGCCUUAUUAUUCCGUCAAUUCAGAUUUUUCUUGUCUCUCAUUCCAUUCCCGCCAGCAUUAUCAAACCAGAAAUUUAGAAAUCACAAUAUAAAAAAAACGAGGAAAAAAAAAAACAGAAAGAAAAAGAUAAAACAAAAAAGUUUCAUAAGUAAAAAGAAUUGCCGCCAUUUUUCUUUCUUUUUUGUUUUGUUUCUUUUUUGUUAUCCCGUUUGUUUGUUUCCCCGCAGCAGUUCGGACUUUUAUUCCAUCACCGUGUGAGAGUGAGUGUGUGUGUCUUGCGCGCUGUGUAAGCUGGAGCACGGCCAGCAAUCAACUACUAUUCAUCUGGUCUUCAACGUGAAACGAGAGACUCGGUGGCCGAUCUGCCCGGCUGAUAGGCAUUGUGCUUCUUCAAUUGUUUUGCCGGCAAACGAGCCCAUCACUUGUGUGUCCGCAAGCGUGCCCGAUCCCCUCGUUCUUCUUCAUCAAUCAAAAUAACUCCUUUAUUUUCUUUGAUUUGUUGAAAUUCUUUGAUUUCGCAAGUCGACUGCCAAAUCAAUCGAAUUCUUUUCCAAGUGGUUUUGCUUUUAGCGGAGAGCGAGAAUUCGCCCUCACCCUACAUUCACUCUUUUUUUGGAAUCCACGUGUCAAUUGAACCGCAUAUCCUUCUUGUUAGUAGCGUAAACAAGGACAGCGAUCGAGGAGAAAAGAAACAAAUAGAUAAGAAACCCUCGGGACAAGAUUCCGUCUUGCCGUGCGGAAUUUUGUUCAAUUUCAAUUGAUUGUUUUCCAUUCGUUCCAUCAUCUAACCCCCUGUCUGCAAAGUGUCAAUUAUCAAACUAUUUUCGUCCCCAUUGUGUCUGUGGUCUAGCAUUAGUGUGUGUGUGCGUGUGUGUGUUUCAAAUCCCGCGGUGUGUUUAAGUGUGUAAAUAUGCAUUUGUGGUCGGCUUCGCUCUUCUGCCUCCUGGUUGGGAUCGUCCUCCACGUCUGCGCAGUCGAUGUCUGGUGGGCGAGCGCCAGUCAGGCCAUGAUGAUGGAACCGAUGCGGCUGUGUCGUCAGAGACGGGUGCGGCAACACCUGGAACGCACAUCGCUCAACGACAACGGCCGACACGAGAGGCUCAAAAGCCGCCAGGUGGAGAUUUGCCGCAAGGAGCCGAAAGUGCUGCAGGAGAUCGUCAAAGGUGCCCAGCUGGGCACCAAAGAGUGCCAACACCAGUUCCGCAAUCGACGCUGGAACUGCACCACGGCACGCAAGAGUCUGCGCAAAGUCAUCGCCAGAGACACACGCGAAACGGCUUUCGUCAAUGCGGUCGUGGCAGCGGGCGUGACCUACACGGUGACGCAGGCCUGCAGUUCCGGCCACCUCCUGCAGUGCACCUGCGAUAAAACGAUGAAAGGCCUUUCCGCAGAUGGACAGUGGGAGUGGGGAGGAUGCGCUGACAACGUCCAGCACGGCUACAAAAAAUCGCGUGAAUUUAUGGACGCCAAAUAUCGGAAGCGCAGUGACCUCAAGACGCAAGUGAUGCUGCACAACAACGAAGCCGGACGACUGUCGGUCAAGAAUUUUAUGCGGACCGAAUGCAAAUGCCACGGUCUGUCUGGGUCGUGCACACUGCGCACCUGUUGGCGUAAAUUACCUCUUUUUCGUGACGUUGCCACAAGGUUGAAAGAAAAAUUCGACGGUGCUGCCAAGGUCAUUCCAGGAAACGACGGUAAGACAAUCAUUCCGGAGGUGGCCACCAUCAAGCCACCGGGACGAGAGGAUUUGAUUUAUUCGGAAGAAUCGCCAGACUUUUGUAAUCCGGACAGAGUCACUGGGUCCCUGGGUACGGCGGGUCGUGUGUGUAACAGCACGUCGCCGGGAGUGGAGGGUUGCGAGUUGCUCUGCUGCGGGCGGGGCUACGAAACGCGGACGACCAAGACCCGCGUCAACUGUCAUUGCCGAUUUAAAUGGUGUUGCGAGGUCACCUGUAAGGUUUGCACGGUCAAGAAGCACGUCAACACUUGCCGCUGAUGGUUGAUGUCCAACGGGCAAUAAACGUUUGUUCGUCGGGCAGUCCCGCCAAUGAGUCCCGAACGUUACCUCCGAUACCCUCCAUUUGAUUUUUUUUUCUCUCUCUCUGUUGGUGUUGUACAGUUUUGUCGUUUAUUUUUUUUAUUAUUACUAUAAACUACUCCAUCCAUUUAUAACGUUUUUCGGAAAAAAGAAAGAAAAAUUUGCAAAGAUUUUCGUUCGUUGGUUGUUGUUUUUUACCAACGGAUGUCGUGUCGGUCGGUCAAAGAAGAAAAAACGACACGUUAACUAUUUUCAUUUGAAUUUGUUUUCCGUGUUUUUUUGGUUUUUUUUUUUUUUAGAUUUCUCAUUUAAAUGUUUGAAUAUACGGAACGCCAUUUGACCCACA